AUGAUUAAUGAUAAUUCUCAACAACGAACAAAUUACGUAUCAACACAACCACAAAUAUCACAAAACUAUGGUAAUAAUAUUAAUACAGCGACAUUACGUGCUGCAGGAAAUGUUAUUCAAGAUGAACGAUUUGGUAAUGAAAUUCUUGCUCGUGCUGGUCCAAGUCAAUAUUAUCAACAUCCACAAUAUCGUACUCAAGAAAUUAUUGCACCUGAUGGUCGAUUGGAAAAUUUAAGUGUACAAAUGGAUAAUGAACCAUUACGUGUCGUAAAGCCAGCUGAUCAAAAUAUUCAUUAUAAGCAACAGGUUAAUGUACGCUUUUUGGAACCACCACCAGGACCUGAACCAGCACCAAUUAUCAUCAAAGAACGUCAAGCACCAGCUCCACCUGCACCACCUCCAGUAGUUAUUCGACAACGGCCACCAACACCACCAACACCUCCUCCACUUAUUAUUCGCGAACGUCCACCAACACCACCAGCUCAACAACAACCGCAAAUUAUUGAAAAAGUUUUACCACCACCACCAGCUCCACCUCGUCAAGUUAUUGUUGAAAGACUUCCACCUCCACCGGCAAAACCACGUCAAAUUAUUUAUGAAAAAUGGUUACCUUAUCAAGAAACAAAGGAACGACCAGUAAUCGUCGAGAGAGCACCAGCUCUUGAAAUUAUUCGACCACCGAAAAAUGUUAUCAUUGAAUAUGAACAACCGAAAGCUCAUACUGAACAAAUUGUCAUUGAUGAAGGUGUCUUUCGUGCUGAUCCUCAAUCGCAUAAUGCGACAAGUACCAUUGGUGAAGUACGUAUUGUUGAUAAAAUAACCGAUUUACCGGUGAAUUAUUCAAAAUAUUUAACAAAUCGUCGUCCUGAAUCGGUUCAAUCUCGUCCAGCAUCAAGUGCCAGUCAACAGCAAGCACCUCAACUACAGUUUAGUCAAACUGAACCGGCACAACAAUAUCGCUCAACAAGUUAUAACUAUCCAGGUGCUUAUACAACAACUUAUCGUGCAUCAUAUACAAAUCAAAGUCCUAAUCGAAGUGGAUAUGGGCAAACAGGUGUUAACGAUGCAAGUCGAUCGGCAGUUUACACAAAAUAUGUCUAA